AUGGUUAUGAAAAGGAAGAUAGACGAAGUGUCCGACACUGAGGAGGGAGCAGAUAUUAGGAGAAAAAGGUUGGAAAAUGGACUGGAAACUACAGAUGAUGAGGAACUAAGUAGCAGUGGCAGUGCGGACUACACCAGCCGUGAACAGUCGCCUGUUGUUCAUAUUUCAAUAAGUCGUGAAAGGCGAUCUAAUGCCGGGAAUAGAAUGGCCUCUUUGCUUAAUGAUAUGGAGGAAGAUGAAUUUUACAAAAACACUUAUGGAGGUGGAUUUUUGGAGGAUGAUGCGGACGACGCGUAUGAGUCUCCUGUAGGAUCUGACCAUGAUGAGAUCGACUCGGAUUUUUACAAUACGGAAGAGGAAGAUGAACCGAUCAGUGAUAAUGAACAAAGAGAGCGGCCAAAGAGGCGAGCUAAAUACAGAGAUCUUAAACCUGGUGAUUUCAUGAAGCGCAAGCAGUUGUUAGAUAAGAACCGAAAGUGGGUGAUGGCUCGUAUGGGAGGACCCACCGUAGCAGCAAAUACUGUUAGUCCGGAAACGCAGGCAGAGAUGUUGGAAGAAGCUAAAGAGACCGAACGAUUAAACAUUGCCUCGUUAAAAAAGUAUGAGCAGUACGAACUUGAACGGAAAAAGAAGCGUGAGAAAAACAGUUUAGUAAGGUCGGUGAAACCACCACUAAUAAAAAUGGUUGACACUGCUAGCGGGAGGUUCCUUACUUUGCCAUCAGUAAAAGAGUUCAAAAUGCCAGAAACAAAAGUCCGUGUUUUAUGCGCCGUAACUUCGCGGCCAGCGAAGUAUCGGGACCCGGUAACAGGGCUACCAUAUGCAGACGUAGAUGCUUUUAAAAAUAUACGGCAGAAGUAUAUUGAGUAUUUGAAGACAAUAAAAAACAAUUCGGCUGUUACAGCUUGGCUUGAAGAGUACGGUUAA